AUGACUGCUAACAAAACAGCUCAUGAUAUUGCUAUUGAGAUAAAUACUGUUUUAGCCAAAGAUCUUCAAGCCAAUUUAAGAUGUGCCAUUUGUUGCUCCACGUUGAAAAAUCCCGUGGUUCCAAGCUGUAAUCACCCCUUCUGUAAAGAUUGUAUUGAUCUGUGCUUCAAUAAGAAGACCCAAAUAGAAUGUCCAAUUUGUCGGCAACAAAUCAAAAGAAGAAGUUGCAUUCCAUCGGAAUCACUAAAUAGCCUCGUUCAAGCCUACUUGCAACUAGCUCGAGCAUUUAAACGAGAUGUGGCUGAAGCCGCUAUUAACAUACCGAAAGAAAAUGUUUUUCUCGAAAGUCAAGCUAUUCUUUCAACUCAAACGGAUAGCCCGAUGCGAGACUUCUUACCUCCCAAAGGUUUGCCCCCUACAUUCGCUAAGCCGCGGCCGAAGAGAAAAAACCUUGCUGCUCCGCCCCAACCUGCUAAACUUAGCAAGUUGGUUGAAGAAAUUGAGCCCGAAGAGAUAAAAGAUUGUGCCAUACCUGAAUCUAAUGGUCUCAAACGAUCCGCUCAGGGAAAUGUGAAAUCUCUACCUGAGAAAAAGGUUGCAAAGAAGGAAAUCGACACGAGUAAGGGAGUGAAUGUGGAAGUGCAAUGUGAAUUCGAAGCUGAUUUGUCUAAAAUUAAUAUUCGAACUGUGAUAGAUCAGAAAAGAAAAACAGAUGCAUCGAUUCAUUCUGACAUUGAAGCCUUGUUCUCGAUUUUGCCGGGUAUUGUGUCUAUACUGAUGAAGGAUGAAGAACAAGAAGCACUUUGUCGAAUAAUAAACAUGCGUUCAAUUCGUGACGUAUCUUCAUCCCAGUGGAUUUCGAGAGAAAAAGGCUCUGCUGAUCACAUCGAUAAAUCUCUCGCUAAUAGGGGGCUGAAGAACCUUUCAACUCCAUUAGCCAAAGACGUAAACAAAACCAUUGAAAGUUAUAAUGAACUUGAUUCUGCUAACUUCUUUUCUGAAAUCUCAUCCAAAGAUACUGUCAAAGUCAACACCAUCAGCACCUCAGGUUUGAGUGAUUCAGGUUCCUUUGAGUUAGGAGAACCUCAAGAUCUUGGAGCACCUUUGCCGUUAACAAAACUAACAGAUUCUCGAGAAACUCCAAAAAGGGCUGAUUCUUUCAUUGCUACUCGAAAGUUUGCUGACUUUGGUAUUGAUACUAGUUCGACAAUUGAACCACAUGAGAUCGUUCCUGGAACUCCAAGUUCAGUCACUCCCAUCAAACAUGCGGAUGACAAUAAAGAAAAUGAAUUCAAUGACUCUUUUGAGGCCGAAGUUACUCUUCGUCUAACGGACAGUCUGAGAACUCCAAGUAGUGUAUCUUCAAAACCUGGAUUUGAAUUCAACUCUACUAAACGUAGACAAUCGUACGUGUUAUCAAUGUCGCGAAUAGAAAACCAAACGGAUGAAGAUUUGGUCCACGAGUUCCGAAUAGCAUUCCCUAUGAUUAAAAUUAAUGAUGAUGUUUGUGAUAAUGUAACCCAUCUAGUCGUUAUGAACACUAAUGGUAAGUGCCAUAGGUCACUGAAGUAUGCUUUUGCUAUUGUUCGAAACUGUGAACUGCUAGGAAGGCAGUGGUUGGAAGACUGUGUCAAACAAGGUCGUUUAUUACCUACUGCUCCUUAUACCCCAAGAGUCAGCACUCAAUCCCAAUUGACGGCUUCGCAUAGAGUGCGAACGUCUAAGAUUCCCUUAUUUACGAAUAAGAAGUUUAUGCUACCUCCAAGGUUUAGCAAUCAUCAUGUGAUUACGCGAGAGAAAUUAGGAGAACUGAUUGAGCUAUGUGGUGGAAAACUGAUUACAAAAUUAUGGGAAUGUGAUCCCCAAGACACUUACAUAAUUUUCGCCACGGAAUCGAAGGAGUAUGAUGUCGCUCGACGUUAUGAGUUUGACACUAAAGUUCCGGUUUUGAAUGCAGAGUGGAUCCUAGACUCAGUAGCGGAGUUCCGCACCAUAACUCCUUUCGAUAAAUACCGAGUGUUUAGCACUACAGCAAAUCAAGCAGUCAAAUACUAG